AUGGCUGACGCGCUCAAGGCAGAGGGUAACAAGCUCUUUGCGGAGAAGAAGUUCGAGGAGUCCAUCGAGAAGUUUUCCCAGGCUAUCGAGCUCGACCCCUCCAACCAUGUGCUCUACUCAAACCGCUCUGGCGCAUAUGCCUCUCUAAGAAAUUAUGAAAAGGCUCUGGAAGACGCGACCAAAACCACAGAGAUCAAGCCUGACUGGGCAAAGGGCUGGGGCCGCAAGGGCACAGCGCUGCACGGUACCGGUGAUCUGGUAGGAGCAUCUGAUGCCUUCGACGAGGCUCUCAAGCUCGAUGCGAACAACGCUCAGGCCAAGUCUGGUCUCGCGGCUGUGCGCCGUGCUAUCGAGCAAGAGGCACAGGCGGACGGUCUGGGUGGUGAUCCCUCAGCUGGGCUCGGGGGCAUGUUCAGCGACCCCAACAUGAUUCAGAAGCUGGCUGGCAACCCCAAGACAGCCUCUCUUCUCGCAGACCCUGCCUUCAUGGAAAAGCUGCAGCAGCUGAAGAGCAACCCGAACAGGGUGGGCGAAUUCAUGCAGGAUCCCCGCUUCCUCCAGGUCAUGAGCGUCCUGCUGGGCAUCGACAUGCAAUUCGGCGCACCUGGAGAGCAGAGUGGCGCUGGCGCCGGUGCUACCGAGGCGCAGGAAGACGUUGAGAUGCCCGAUGCCCGUCCCGCACCCACACAGCCCAAGAAGGCACCGGAGCCAGAGCCAGAGCCCGAGGUUGAGGAGACGGAAGAGGAGAAGGCAGCCAAGCAGGCCAAGAUCACGGCCGACGAGCUGAAGAAGAAGGGCACAGAGUUCUACAAGAAGCGCCAAUUUGACGAGGCGAUCGAGAACUACACGAAGGCGUGGGAGACACACAAGGAUAUUGCCUACAUGACAAACUUGGGUGCUGCCAAGUUCGAGAAAGGUGAUUACCCUGGCUGCAUUGAGGCAUGCCAGCAGGCCAUUGAGUACGGUCGCGAGAUCUACGCCGAUUUCAAGAUCAUUGCCAAGGCGUACGCUCGCAUUGGUACCGCAUAUGAGAAGCAGGGCGACCUUGCCAACGCCAUUACUUUCUACCAGAAGGCUCAGACCGAGCACCGCACGCCUGAGGUCCUCGCUAAGCUCCGAGCGGCGGAAAAGACAAAGAUACAACAAGAGAAGGAGUCAUACAUCAACCCGGAAGAGGCAGAGAAGGCCCGCGAGCUGGGAAAUGCCAAGUUCAAGGAGGCCGACUGGCCCGCCGCUGUUGAGGCAUACACAGAGAUGAUCAAGCGUGCACCAGAGGACCCUCGAGGCUACUCCAACCGAGCUGCCUGCUACAUCAAGCUCCUUGCUUUCCCAUCAGCCAUCGAAGAUUGCGACCGAGCCACCAAACUCGACCCCAAGUUCAUCCGCGCGUACCUGCGCAAAGCUCAAGCCUACUUUGUCAUGAAGGAGUACACCAAGUGCGUGGAUACAUGCGGCGAAGCUAUGAUGCACGACGACGGAAAGAACGCCCGCGAGAUUCAGCAGCAAGAGACUAAGGCUCUGGAAGCCCAAUACGCGUCGCGUGAGGGCGAGACCGAGCAGCAGACAAUGGAGCGCAUUCAGCGAGACCCAGAGAUCAGCAGCAUCCUUCAGGACCCUAUCAUGCAGAGCAUUCUGCAGCAGGCUAAGGACGACCCUGCCGCGCUGCAAGAACACCUCAAGAACCCCGGCAUUCGUACGAAGAUCCAGAAAUUGGUCCAUGCUGGCGUCAUCCGUAUGGGAGGACGAUGA